CCUCAUAAACACAUCUGAUGAUACUGAACUAACAGGAUUUUUGUCCAAUGUGUGGUGUCGAGUCGAGUAAGAGAAAUAGCACAGUUUUCUCCGGACAAUGUGCAUUAAUAUAAUAUCGUGAUUUCACUACAGCUACAAACAUUUACUACUCACACAACGAUAAAAGUAACAGAUAUGAUAGAAUCCAAUGUUUCGUGUGCGUUGAAUUUAUUUUCGUGUCCUGGUACCGUUUCCAAUUUGUGUGUUUCAAGAAAAUAUGAUGGUGAUGUUGAUCAAGCAACAAGUUCCGGUCUUCUUAGUUGUCAUAGAAAUGAUGAAUUUUCUUGAUGCCAGACCACAGUUAAUCAGUUCGACAACAGAAAAAACUGCCGCGGAUCAACCCAGCAAAUUUGGAACACAAAACCCAGGAUCUGCUCAUCGAAAUGUAUCCUAUAGAACCAAAGAAAGGAUACUGACUCAUAGAAGAAAAGACGGUUCCUUUGCUGGACUCUCCGAACAAGACAUCAUCUUCCCAGACUCCUUCGAGCUGAUCUUCGAACCUUUACCAAAGAUAGACGGCGCCCCUAAGUGCGCAGACGACAGCACAUUCUGUGAAAACAUCAACUCGUAUCCCUACCACCACCUCAAGGACGUGCUGCAGAAGAACACCCUGUACAAGGAGUUGUUCGGCACUGACGAAGCGCCGGUUGAAAUAUCCAACAGGGUUGGAGGGGAAGAUGACAGGUAUGUGUGUGGUGCUUUCGAGAGGACCAUAUUUCCUCAGGUGGGGAUGAAUAAGGAUAACAAAUGGAAAUUCAUCAUCAACCAAGGAGAGAAGGACGGUUUCGUACAAGGAAUUCGCAUAGAGACCUGUAGAAAGCCGGAUACACCGUGUGAUAUAAUCGGAGAUCUCCCUAAUGGCUACGUCACUUCCUGCAAGCAGAAAUACGUCUACAGGAGAUUGUUGGCUUUGAACGACACAGGAGCUCCAGUUCCGGAUUCUUUCAAGAUUCCCUCCUCCUGUUGCUGCUCCUACAAGAGGGACUUUGAUAUUCUCGCAAGAUUCGGGUCUGCCGUUGAAUCGUCGGGAAAGAAAAUCAAAAUGGAACAGCCGUGAGAUCAGAGUGGAAUGCAUCAUUCAGCGUUUAUUAUGAAGCUAUAGAUAGAUAGGCGCACGCGGAGUAUCACUCCUCAAGAAUCAAAAACGUUAGUUUUCGCGGAUAUCCUGAUCGAAUAUAACCGUUGUGCAGUAUCGCUUCAUUUUCAAAUCCAUAGUAGAGUGCGGAGUCGUACUCCGCAGCGACCUCAAACGUUGAAGUUAUAUUGCAUUAUACACCCAGAUAGCACCAGUACAUCUAAUGGAUAUACUAUGGAUAUCCAUCAUGGAUAUUUUGUGGAUGUCCAUAAGAUAUCCGAAAAAGGCUCUGGUAUAUCCUAUGGACAUCCAUAAGAAGUGACAGUGUGACCUUUUUGGAUGUCUUAAAGAUAUUCAUUAUGGAUAUCCAUAAGAUAUCAACUAUGGAUAUGGAUAAGAGAUAGUAUACCCUAUAUAUAGAAAAAAUCACAAAAACUGGAAAGCACUCACGUCUCACUGCGUUCGAAUAAUGUAGUUUUCAGUUCUUAUGCAUCAUCAAUUUUGGACGAAUUCGUAGGAAUCACUGCCAAAUUCACUUCAAAUUAAUCAUAUAUGAGAACAGAUUGACAUUAUUUGACUAUUCCAAGGAUGGUAGAAUCUAUAAUCUAUAAAUAAUCAUCAGUUCUACCAAUCUUGGACUAUCUGAGCGUUAUGCCACCUCGCGCUGUUUUUGAAAACCAAACUAAUAAUAAUAGGGGAUAGUGCAUCACAAUGUGUGCUAUCUUUUAGAAGACCCACGCACACUUUUGUGGAUCUCCUUUUAUUCAUUUAUCAUUUCAUUCAUUUUAUAUACUUCAUUCGAAAUUUCUAGGCAUUAUUGUUCUUUUGUCUCUGUAUCUUAUAGAUAUCCUAUGGACGUUUUCAGGACGUUUGUUUCGGAUAUCUCAAAUACAUCAGCAAUCGGAUAUAUUAUGGAUAUACAUUUUAUGUCCACGGAUAUCCCGCCUUGAAUAGGAUUUGAAAUGGAUAUCCAUGAGAUAUCCUGUGUUAAAUGGGCAGUUACCCUUCAUUGCUAGUUUGGGCGUUCGAGGCAGAAUUAUAUCUCAUUCGAUGAAUGGUAUUUCAUGAAUGACCGUUUGGUUAACACACAUGAUCGAUGUUACUGUGAUAUAAAAAACAAUAUACUCACUCGAUUUCAUUGUAUUAUAUGUUCAAAAGUUAUAUGCUCAUCAUUACACCACGCAUCAUCCAUUCGCAGAGAUUGCCAAUGAGUCAUUGGUGGAUUGAAAUAGAAACAUUAUCAUUUUGUCCUCAAUUUUCAGUGUUUUUGUUCGAAUUUGGGAUUUUUUAUUGAAUAAAUAUAUUUUUAUUGC